CCACGCCACACAGAGCAGAGCCGCCAGCAGAGCUUACACACAAGUUCCGCACUCCCCGGUCGGCCCCCAUUUUUUUCUCGCUCUUAGCCUUCCUCAUCACCAGCCGGCGGGACCUCUGACGCCUGGAAGCCCCUCCUCCUCCUCCCCCGAAUGGACGGCAGGCCGCCGCCCCGGCCGGCGCAGAUAAAAUCGUCAUCAUGGAGAAUCUCGUCCCGCCCCAGCCUCCGCUGCCGCCGAACCUGUCGUACCCAGGCGUGAUGGCUAUUGACAUUACGGCAAAGUUUGCGGCUGCUGUCAAGCAGCUGGCGCCCGGUGAACUCAUCAAGGAUGAUCACUUCACACUUUUUGAGUCCGUCUCGGCUCUCGAGAUCGGCGACCCUAAGAUGGACAGCGGUUUCCUGAACGAGGGAGAGACACUGGAAGAUGACUACGAUGUGCUGCGAGAGCUUCUGCCCGAGGAAGUGCUGGGCAUCAUCGACCAACUGCUCUGCUUGGAGAUGGCCUGGCACUUGGGUUAUCCGCUCUCCCAGACACUGUUGACCAAUGUUUAUGUCGAGGCAAUCAUGAAUCCUCAUCCCCAACACAUCUGGGAGGCAGAUUUCACGCGAGAUCCUGCUGUCAGGGAUCGCCAGCCUCGCAUGUUGUCAAUCCUUCGGGCAUACUGCCUGGGUAUGCUGAAAGCGUGUUGUUUUGUUAACAAGACUGUAUUCAACGAGCUCUAUUACGAGGAGGAGGAUUUUGUCACAAACACAUACGACCGGAGACUUCUCGAAGAUAUCGACGAAGACCGUAUUAACGACUUGCUCAUGGCCGCCAGAGCUGAUCUGAAGUCGUACAGUGACAUCGACAGCAAAAUCUCCAUGGCGCUGGACUUGCGGCUUGAACUACGUAUCGCGUUUCUGCGGGCAAUUGACCUCAUGGACAAGCGCGAGGCGAACCCAGAAUCACUAAAGAUGCCGUGGAUCCAGAUGAAAGGACUGGUCGAGCACUUCAGCAAGCAACAUGAGCUCGCCAAGCCUGUUCCAGAGGCCUUCAGCACGAAACUACAACGGCGCCUGGCGAGUACGAUGCCGCCGCGGCCAAUCAUCCAGCCGAGCUUCACUGAGACGUUCGACCAUUUUAAACGCAUGUUUCAGGACGGCCUGGACAUUAUAGAUGUCUUGAAGUAUUCAGACACACAGAGCCUUAUGAACUUUGUCCUUACCUUUCAGACACGGAAGCCUCAGCCUCACACCUACAUACGGUGCCUACUCCAGUACCUUCUUUUCAACGAAAUGAGGGUCCUCGGCUCGUAUAGUAUCCGCCAGAUCAUCGACCACGAUCUGAUGAUUGUAGUCCUGCCCAACGGCAGACAGCUCGACAGGGCUUUUGACGACAUUGAGCUGCCAUCUGAUCCAAGACACCAGAUCGCUGCGCAGAUGGAGGAUUUCCGCAAGUCAGUCGCCGAGCGGUUCUUUGACAUCAUGCGGCACUUCUGUCAGAACCGCUGCCGCGCGCGGAGAAUGCUGUGCCACAGCAUACAGGAAUGGGAUAUGCUGCAGGUCGACAUGGAAGACAUGGACAGCCUGCUGCAGAUCGCGCUCGAGGACGAGCCCCUCGUCAUGGAGUCCGGGCGAGUGCUACACUCGCUGCCAUUGUCCUCGUGGUGCUUCUUCUACAAGAUCCGCCAGAUGGAAUGGAUUGUGCAGCUCGGCUUCGAGCUGGACAUUUACCAGUCUGACGAGCUCGCCGGCAUGUACUGGUACCUCAACUACCUCGCAAAGGAGAGGCAGCAUCAUGUCGAGCGGAUCCGGACGUUCGUCGACCGAUCCUUCUUUGCUGCCGGUGGAGCCAAGGACUUCAAACGCGGCCAGCACAGCUCGUCGAAUGCGACGGCCGCCUCUGGCAGCAGUGCCCUUGAUCACGGGUACGAGAUCAAGCAUGGCAGCCUUUCACCGAUCAAGUUCCGCGAGUAUUCCCGCAGCAUGGACUGGCUGAGGGUGACAACGCUGGAUGCAGCCUGCACAUGGGAGUUUGCAGACGGGCUGUGCUGUUUGUACUCUGUGCUUUCUCGGCUCAAGAUCCUUCCCCAGCCAGGCUUCUCCUCCACCCGACCUUCCUCGUCGUCUACUAAACAGAAGAACCCAUCUUCCUCAGCAGCGCCUCCGCCGCCGCCGCCGCCGCCCCAACAACAACAACAAGACCGCCCGUACAGCACCGGCCUCCACCGCUACGAGAUCCGCAUGAAGCCCUUCACGACCAUCGGGCACCCCCGCCUGCCGAGCUUCGCCGAGUUCCAGCGCGCCACGACUCAGCCUGACACAGACCUCGCCGCGAUGCUGCACUACGCCGAGACGGCCAUCUCGGGCGCGCGCAAGGGCUUCGAGGCGCUCAGCAGGAUGUCCGACGCGCAGUCGUUCAGCGUGGGCUGCCACGACCGCUGGGUCGCCAACGCAAAGGCGUGCCUCAAGGCCACGAUAGCCGCUGGCGUCGCGAUCAACGUGCUGAAAAAGACAUUGGCCACCACCACUGCUGCGACGACGGCAGCGGCGGCGUCGGCGGCGUCGGCGGCCGUCGUCAACGAGGGAGGCAAGCUCGAGAACAGCAGCCCCGGCACCGGCACCGGCAUCGUGGAUGUGGAUGGCAAGAGCUUGCCUGACUUGUCCGGCGUGCUCAGGGUCGAGAUUCCGAAGCCCGGGCAGAGCGGCGGGUAUCAUGACUGGUGGAUCGUGCCGCAGCUGUUUCAUAUCAACGUGUAAGCGAGUCCUCUCAGCUCCGAGCGGGCUCGGGUCAGUGAUGUGGUCUUUGGGUUUCUCCUUUCCUAUUUCUUGCUCGUCUGUGAACGGGAACAAAGGACUCAAGGUAAUUCGAUGGGACGCGACUUCGGGUGAUGUUGCACUCUCACAAGCAUGGGAUAUGUGAGCGAACAAACACUAGGCCAUUACGCAUCUGGGUCGGUCGACUUUCGCGAGUGUACUAAGAAAGUACACCAUGUUGGUAACUGGAAACCACGCGCAAGGUCUGAGUGGGCGCAACGUGUGGGCAUGGUAGACUA